GCUUGACGUCAGCAUAACAACAACCUGUCAUGACAGCUCGUAUGGGAAAAAAUAUAUCGAUAAAGCUAUCAAAUCAUAUACAAUCGGUUUUACCUGGAUGUGAGAUUGCUUCUACAAGUUUGUGAGACCCAGGAGAUACAGGGCUUUCUUUAACUCAUCAGCUAGCCAGCCGGAGACACGGGGAACAGGAUAGGGAAGCAGGGCGAGGCGGGCCCCGCGGAGCCGGUGGAGAAGAUGGCCGGCAGCCCGGAGAAGAGUUCAACCGCGCAGGAGCUGAAGGAGCAGGGGAACCGGCUAUUCCUCUGCCGCAAGUACCAGGAGGCUGCUACGUGUUACAGCAAGGCUAUUAACCGUAAUCCAUCGGUGGCAGUGUACUACACCAACAGGGCCCUGUGCCAUGUGAAGCUGCAGCAGCAUGACAAGGCUCUGGCUGACUGUAAGCAUGCGCUGGAGCUGGACAGCCAGUCAGUGAAGGCUCACUUCUUCCUGGGCCAGUGUCACCUGGAGCUGGAGAACUACGACGAGGCCAUCGGCAACCUGCAGAAAGCUUAUAACCUGGCAAAAGAACAGAGGCUGAAUUUCGGAGAUGACAUUCCCAGCGCCUUGCGCAUUGCGAAGAAGAAACGUUGGAAUAACAUCGAGGAGAAGCGCAUCAACCAGGAGAACGAGCUACAUGCCUAUCUGACCAAACUCAUAAUCGCUGAUAAAGAAAGAGAACUUGAAGAAUACAAAGAGAAACAGGACGAUAACCAAAAUGGAGGCGAUAUUGCCAAGAUUUCAACAAAAAAUGACAAGUAUCUAAUGGACAUGGAGGAGCUCUUCUCUCAAGUGGACGAGAAAAGAAAAAAGCGGGAGAUCCCAGAUUACCUGUGUGGGAAGAUCAGCUUUGAGCUGAUGAGGGAACCCUGCAUCACACCCAGUGGGAUCACUUAUGAUCGCAAGGACAUUGAAGAGCACCUACAGCGGGUGGGUCACUUCGACCCGGUCACCAGGAGCCCCCUGACCCAGGACCAGCUGAUCCCAAACCUGGCCAUGAAGGAGGUGAUCGAUGCCUUUAUCCAGGAGAACGGCUGGGUGGAGGACUACUAAAGGGACCCCCCCACCACCACCAUCCCCUCCCAUCUCUCAAUCCAUACUCCCCAUUCUCAACACAAAGCCUGGACAACACCAGACUAUAGAAGACAGAUACACCCCCCCUGGAUUAUGUACUUUUACACAAGAGGGAAACACCACAUUAUGGACUACCAGAUGGGAGCCAUGUAUCUCGGUCUGCCUCUUACCCCCCCCCCACAUUUGAUCUUUGCUGUAAAACUCCCCGCUCAUACUUUCUGAGGCUCUGCUGCUCCCUUUAAGACCCCCCCAUCUCAUUCUGCUCUUUCUUUACCUUCUCUCCUCCUUCCUCUUCCUUCUCUCCUCCUUCCUCUUCCCUUCUGUCAUGCUGUAUUUCUCCAGCCUGACUCCCUUCUUUUCUCUCAAAAAGGGGCCACACUCUCAGGUCUCUCUCUCUCUCUCGCUCCAUCCCUCUCUCUUUCUCUGAGUGCCACAAUCCUUGGAAAGCAUCAGCAUUUGCACUCCAGUGUUUCACACACACCACCAAUAUUAAUAUAUUACGUAUGGUGGACAUUAAGACAUAGGCCUUGUAUUUGGCGUUUACUUUAGUUUUUCAUAUACAUUGGAGCAUUUGCCCACUUCUUAAUGUACAUUUGUUAAAGUGGGACCUGAAAUGCCAAAAUCCUUUUCUCCAUGAAGGUGUAUGCAAGUUUCACAUGAUGAGAAUUGAAAACUAGUCAUGUAGGGAAUCAAGUCUCUUCUCCACCUGCAGGUGGCGCUCCAAACAUGCCUACUCAUGUCUCCAUGUAAGACUCUUAAGAGGAUGGUUAGUUUUUGUUCUUAGCAUAUCAAUCACACCCCAUUACAGACAAUUUAAAUACGUUGAAUGUAUGCAUAAUGUACUCUUUAGGUUUAGGCUUGACCUACAGUAAUUCAAAGUGUUUUUUAUCGGGACGAUACAUGAAGGAUUUCAUGAAAAGCGGCCUUGAAAUGGAUGCUGAAAACCAACGGAGAUGACCGCUGUAUAAAAAAAAAAAAAGUUUUCAAAUUGCUGGAUAUUAAUUGAAAAUGUUUGAAUAUUGAUAGAUGACAUUAGCUGUGGAAAACCAUGCUUCGGAGGACGGUCUGUGCUGUGUGUGUUGUUCAUAGAAACAAAAAAUUGUGCUUGGACGUUGUGUUUGGCUCGUGCUGUUUGCCUGGAAUGACCGUGGACGCUCACAUCAAGCAUGACGUGAUUUUUUUAUUUUCCUUUGCAAAGGCAAGAGGACGGUUUUCAUUGGUCUCACCGUUUUGCUGUUCGUGUUAUUUCUCAUGGUUGCAACAUCUUCUGUAAACCAAUCACCAGUGUGGGACAAAGUUGUGUGUUGUUGAAGGGAUUUGAGGUUUGCUAGUAUCGAUGUAACAACGUCCGUGUUUAAAAUGCUGGAAGAGCUCCGACCAUCUUUUCUCAUCCUUACCUCAGUCCAAGUUUUUCGGUGCUGGUUUCCUUUCUGUAAAACACAUUUUCAGUUUACAGGUUAUUUUCCCGCCGAAUGUGCGUCCGUGGUGAAUCCGGCCUGUCGUCCGUGGUUCAUGUCGGGGUGCAGGUAGUGUAAAUAAUUUGCUUGUGUAUCUCAGAUUUUAUUUCUUGACAAAAUAGGGUUCUUUUUUCUUUUUUUUUUUUUCUUGAGAAAUCCUAGCGCUUGAGAAACUGUAUUAAAUGUAGAUAUGUUGAUAACAUAAAUGCCUGGUUCAGUUUUCAUUUGCCCCCAUUAAACCGUGAACUUUGA